AUGUCAUGUCAACAAAGGCCGUGUUUUGAUAAGGGCGGAAAGUGAAUUCGUUCACGCUAAAUAGUUAAUUUUAUUUAUUUUUGUGACUUAGUUAAGUUGUUAUCAUGGUAUAAUUAAAUUCAUUCAGUCUAGUUUUAUAUUUAAUUAAACACCUAUAUCAGUAUUGGCAACUGUAAGUAAAGGAAGAUAAUCCAAGAUGUCUGCCUCUGCCAUAUACAUAUUAGAUGUCAAAGGGAAAGUCCUUAUAUCGAGGAAUUACCGAGGAGACAUUGACAUGAACGUCAUAGAAAAAUUCAUGCCACUACUAAUGGAAAAAGAGGAGGAAGGGAUGCUCACGCCCAUGCUCCAGACCUCCGAGUGCACGUUUUCUUAUAUCAAGUACAACAACUUGUACAUUGUAUCUACCACGAAGAAAAAUGCAAAUAUCGCCUUAGUCUUUGUAUUUCUACAUAAAAUUGUACAGGUUAUGACUGAAUAUUUUAAAGAAAUAGAAGAAGAAAGUAUAAGAGAUAAUUUCGUCGUAAUAUAUGAAUUACUGGAUGAAAUUUUAGAUUUUGGAUACCCUCAAACUACGGAUAGCAAAAUUUUACAAGAAUAUAUAACCCAAGAAGGUCAUAAACUGGAGAUUCAACCCAGAAUUCCAAUGGCUGUCACGAAUGCAGUUUCAUGGCGAUCUGAAGGAAUCAAGUAUCGCAAAAAUGAAGUAUUUUUAGAUGUCAUUGAAUCAGUUAAUCUUCUCACAAACGCAAAUAAAAAUGUAUUACGCAGUGAAAUAGUUGGUGCUAUUAAGAUGAGGGUCUAUCUUUCUGGUAUGCCAGAGUUACGGCUGGGUCUAAAUGACAAAGUUCUGUUUGAAAGUACAGGGCGAGGCAAAUCAAAAUCGGUUGAGCUUGAAGAUGUCAAAUUUCAUCAAUGUGUCAGAUUAUCAAGGUUUGAAAACGAUAGAACAAUAUCUUUUAUCCCUCCGGACGGUGAAUUUGAAUUGAUGUCCUAUAGGCUUAACACUCAUGUAAAACCAUUGAUCUGGAUCGAGAGCGUCAUUGAAAGACAUGCGCACAGUCGAGUAGAGUAUAUGGUAAAAGCUAAAUCGCAGUUCAAGCGUCGCUCAACAGCAAACAAUGUCGAGGUCAUAAUUCCUGUUCCCGCUGAUGCUGAUUCGCCCAAGUUUAAAACUACUGUAGGCAGUGUCAAGUAUGCUCCAGAACAAAAUGCCAUCAUGUGGACCAUUAAAUCAUUCCCAGGAGGAAAAGAAUUCCUGAUGCGAGCUCAUUUCGGCCUUCCAAGCGUGGAGAAUGAGGACAGUGAAGGAAAACCACCUAUCCAAGUCAAGUUUGAAAUUCCAUACUUCACGACGUCUGGUAUUCAGGUGCGGUAUUUGAAAAUUAUCGAAAAGAGUGGUUAUCAAGCAUUGCCUUGGGUUAGGUACAUCACUCAAAAUGGUGAUUACCAGUUGAGAACAAACUAAACCAGUUCAUCCCUCCAAUCAUUCUUUUUACGUUUUCAGAUGUUUAUCAUUCCCAGUUGUAAGUUAAAUGUAUUUAAGAUCUUCAAUAAAAAUCAAGAAAGCACGGCAAAUGAAACAAAAA